AUGAAGUCUGACAAUUCAGCGUUACAGCAUAGAAAAUAUAGCAUUGAUCCGCCAACGCACGUCAUGUCGGACUAUUACAAGAGAUUGGGACGGCACCUGUGCACUGCCUGCGGGAAAGAGUACAGAUGGAUGCAGUCGUUGAUCAGACACGAACGGGAGGAGUGCGGUAAGGACCCGCAACACAGUUGCCCCUUGUGCAACACGAAGAUCCGACACAAAUGGAUGCUGAAGAAACACCUGGUCAACGUUCACAAGUGGACCAGCCCGAAUGGGCGCAUCAAGUCCAACUAUCACAGACGGUACCGUGGUGAAUACGUGUGCGACGAUUGCGGUAAGCAGUACACAUGGAAACCAUCUUUGACGAGGCACAGACGUGAGGAAUGUGGAAAAGAGCCACAAUUUAGGUGUCUGAUGUGCAACGCGAGAACUCGCCGAAGCUCUCAGAUGAAGCAACACAUGUUAUACGCCCAUAACAUGACGAACGACGUGUACUAA